GCGAGAGAGGGAGUGAGAGGAUCAGUGCCUCAUACAGCGUGUCUGUAUCAGAUGAGAAGGGGGUCACCCAGGAUUCCCUUGAAACUGCUCUCCAGGAAAAAAAAAAUGUUCCAAGAUUUUUUUUGUACCUCGUUUGCUGGAUAGGAUCAGCUCGUCGGUGCUGCUGCUUUAUCCUCUAUCAUCGAUUCUUUCUUUUCUUUUCUUUUUUCUUUAAGAAGAUGCCGAAACGGGAAAGAAAAGUGAGACAGAAAAUAUCGGGAAUAGACGCGUUGUAGGAAUCAGUGAAAUCAAUGGAGAAAAGAUCGAUUUAGAGCAAACAUUUUUGUACUUGAUUUCCAUUUUUCAUUCCCCCCCUUUUUAAUGAUUUCCAAAUGCUGAAGUGCAGGAGCUAUACGUGAAUAGAAGAAUGGCAAAGUAGCCUAUUUAUGUUUGGAUCAAGAUUUUAAUGAGCUAAUCAACAUCUGAAUGGUGAUUUAAGGUAUUAUUGAUGCCUAAAAUAUCACAGUCUUUGCUCGUCAGGCUAUGAAGUAAAAGUUUUAGCUGUCUUUUUUUUAAUGAAAUGGCAUUGCCCGUUUGCUUCAUAUCUUGCUUACAGUAGGCUGCUACAGGGCUAUGCUUUGAAACCAAAGGCGAUUUACAAGCUGCAUUCUUGGUCAAACACGCAGCCCCCAGCGCAAGGUGAUUUUAUUCAGAUUUUUAGCAUUCUCGAAAAAAAAACAAAACAAAACAAAACACACGACUUUGCGGAGUGGUGGUGGUUCCCUGUGUGCUUUUGGUUGAGAUUUUCUUUUAAAUAUAUCAAGGACAGUAGCAAAGGGUCUGUCUUUAAAACUCCGGAGAGCUAGGCUAUAUGAAGAUCGCGACACAGUUGUUGGUUUUCCCUCGCAGAAAUGCCAGUGCGUGCUGUGACCACCAGGUUCAUGUACAAGGGACUUUGCACUAUUCCAGAUGUCCUCUCCUACCGGACCCCUGUUAACCUGCCUGAAGAUGAGGUGGAAGAGAUUCGUGAGGCUUUCAAAGUAUUUGACCGAGAUGGGAAUGGCUUUAUCUCAAAGCAGGAGUUGGGGAUGGCCAUGCGCUCACUGGGCUACAUGCCCAAUGAGGUGGAGCUGGAGGUUAUCAUCCAAAGACUUGACAUGGAUGGAGAUGGUCAGGUUGGCUUUGAGGAGUUUGUCACAUUGCUUGGUCCUAAACUCUCUUCUGCUGGAAUGCCUGAUAAAUUCCAUGGAGCAGACUUUGAUUCAGUAUUUUGGAAGUGCGACAUGCAGAAACUGACUGUGGAUGAGCUUAAGAGACUGCUUUACGAUACAUUCCGCGACCACCUCACUAUGAAAGACAUUGAGAACAUCAUCAUGACUGAGGAGAGCCACCUGAACAGUCAAGAGUGCCACGUGGACAUUGACACAAGUCCAACACAACAGGAAAAGCACACGUGUGUGCGUAAAAGCCUGAUUUGUGCCUUCGCCAUCGCGUUCAUCAUCAGUGUUAUGCUCAUUGCAGCGAAUCAAAUGCUCCGCAGAGGGAUGAAGUAAACUUGUGUUUCCAGAAGAUUACAAUGAGAUUUAAAGAUGGACACUAAAAAAAGCAAACGUUAACCCAAAUACUUAACUGUUUUUGGUUUUGUUCAACAACCACAAUGAUGCUAUUACAGCUCAUCUCUAAAAUAGAUUAAUUGAUGUCAUGCAGUGGUUCUGUAUGACCACUAACCAUAGCAUACCAUGGUGAAACAGAGAGACUGAAAGAAAGACACUUCAAGGGCUGAUUAGUACCCGAACAGCAUUAUAUCUGAUUCAAAUGAUGUUUUCUAAGAAAUUAGAAAGGAGAGCAGACAAUAGAAGAAUUUGGUAUUUCACUGUACAGUAUGUGCUGUAGUAAUAGCUGUGCUGUGUCUAAUAUAUCAACCAAUCAAUGUUGUUGAGAAAUGCACCCAAUAAUGAUAGUAGCGAUGAUUGCAAUACAAAGUGCUGAUGAGCCACAUAUUACACAGUUUUAAAUCACUUGCUAAAAACAUAAGGACAAAUGACUGUGCACUGCAUAAUGUGUCUCUUUAAAGCCUCUGUUUAUUUUAGUGUGCCAAGAUUUUUAGUCCAGAAGUACAACUCACAUGCAGUUUAACAGAUUUUACUAAACCGACACCAUCUGUGAUCUAAAUCUUGCCAAAUAGUAAUUCAAGACACAAGAUUAGACUACUACUAAACACUUAAUGAAUUCUUGAGCUAGAAAAACUCAUGGAGGCUACACUAAACUGUUAAUAGAAUAUCACAGUAUAAUGACAACUUUUUAGCCAAGCUAGUGGAGUCGCUCUGAGGGAGACACUACUUUGUUCCAGACUGAAAUAUCUCUGAAAUAUAUGUGUUAUGUGUGUGUUUGUGUGUGUGUGCAGAGAUUCAUGGUGCACAGUAUCUUAAUCCUAUGGCAUCACCAUGGGGAUGACAUUUGUGGUUUUGGGUGAAAUAUCAUAACAACUAUUGGAUGAACUGCAGUAAAAUUUGGUACAGACAUUCAUAUUCCCCUCAGGAUGAACUGUAAGAACUUUGUUGAUCCUUAAACCUUUCAUCUCGGGCCAUCACUAUGUCAAAUUUUGAAUUUGUCCAAUACUUUCGGUUUGUAACAAAAUACCUGCACCACCAAUAACAUUCUCACUUCUGUACUUUGUGUUUAGUGCUAAGCAACAAAUGUUAGCAUGUUAUUGUGCAACUCUAAGAUGGUGAACAUGGUAACCAUUGUACCUGCUAAACAUCAGCAUGUUAGUAUUAGCACUGCUAUUCCUGAGUACAGACUCAUAGAGCCAAUAGUAUGUCUGUAGACUCAUAGAGAAAUUGUUGUGAAGUUAUAUAGAGAUUUAGGACUACACACACUGGGUGUCAUGAAAUUACGUUAAUCUGUCAGGUGCACUGAUUUGUUACUUUAGCAAAAUGCUACCAACCAUUUCAUAUUUUGCAAAGCAUCAUGCUAUUAUUCAGCAAGUCCAAGCGCAGCUUAAACUUAGAGGCACAUGCAAAGACAUGAAUAGAAGGAAAGUCCAUUGCCCAAAUUUUUCCACCAUGACAAUGAGAAGUACAAAGAACCCAACAAUUGGAAUAAACUGGUAAACAAGCACAGGAACACUCUGGAAAGCACUGCUAAAAAGAGAGAGGUUGGAGACAUUAAGACACAGGCUGUGACCCUCAACCACAUGCUGUGUACGCCAGUCAGCUGCUCUGCUGAAAAAUCCCAUGGUCCAUUUCUAAAGAUGUCACGGUUUUCUAAAAAUUAAUUGGUUUGUUUUUAAGCUCAGAGUGAGCCUUCCCUGACUGAGCAGCUGGGGGUUUCUUUGUAAAUCAAACAGCUGUUUUCCCAGCUGAAAUGUGAACAACUGUCAGUUUAAAAGCCAAUGGAGGCGAACAAUGAACUCACACUAAUACAUACAAAAUGCUGCUGCAUAUUUCAAACUUGUGCAUCAAUAACAGGCACCAAUAUGAGUCAUAAUGAGUCAGAGUGAAAGACAUUUGAGUAGCUGUAUGACCCGAGCUACCAGCUGUGAAUAAAUUCAACCGUAACAUGUUUAGAGAUUCAACAAAACUAGGUAUUAACUGUAAUAUUAAUGGAAAAUGAGUAUGGGGGAUAUUCAACUCACAUGGCACACUUGCAUGUACAUUGAAUUAGAAAUAAAUGUGUGUUCUAUGUGUGAGAUUAAAUUUUGUAUUCUGAUGUACGUAUUCAAAUAAUUAUGCAAUUUGUAAAGUGAUCACUGCAAAAAACAAAAAAACAAAAACAAAAAAAAAACAGUAUUUGACAUUUUCCUGUAAAUGUCGAAUUUUGUGGAUGUGCAAACAAUAUCAAAUACUAAAUACUUUGCAGUAUGCUGUGAAAAAUAAUUUAACAUAUCAUAAAGAUGUUGUUUUCUGGCUUUUCCAUGGACCACCAAAACAACAUAUUGUUUAAAGUAUAACAUGGUUAUAUUUUCUUACUUGGAAAAGUGAAACAUUAAAUCUAUGUGAUUUUAUUAUGAAUGUAAGCAUAAUGUUUUGUAAAAAAACAAACAAAAAUGUACAAGAAAAAAUAUCAGGUUUCUGAUAUAUAAUUUCCAGUUUGACUGGACAUUCAGAUAAAGGUUCAUUACAUUGCUUAUCCUGAUUUGUUAAAAUUAAUUUUUAAGAACGUUUUCUUUAACAAAUGUUUGUCAAAUUUGACAAGUUUUACAAAAUGCUAUAUAUUUUUUCUCGCUCUUUUUAUCUGAAAGUUUAUCAAAGCUAGAACGCAAGAGGAAAAGUAUGAGGCAGUGAAAAUCAUUCUGGCAAUAAAACUGAUAUUUUAUCUCAUAUAUAGUAGCUGUAUAUGUAAUAACUACUUAUAUGACAUCACAUUACCUCUCCAUGUGAACAUAUCAUGUAAGGUAUGGGUUUUGUGUGAAUGUAAAAUAUAGUUAUUGUGUCGAAUCUUGUCUUAUGACAUAUAAGCAAAUAUUGUGUCCUAUUCUGUAUGUUAAAGUGUUUUAAUGAGCGGAUUUAUGUGCACUUUGUUGAUAGGUUGUCUUAAUUGUUGUUAUGAAUUUGAUUUGAAUUGUCAGUGUCUUCUGUUCUGUGCCUUUGUCACUUGAAAGUAUUAAAACCUACACUCUCAUGCCCUGUCUGAAAAACUUUUAAAAAGAUGAGAAAUCUGAUCAAAUUUGAUAAAAUCAUCACUUUUGAUGACAAUUAGUCUGAUGCUAAAUGUAUUUUUGAAUUUAAAUUAAUAAUCAGUAAUCUAAAUACCAUAAAUAUUUCUGGAUUAUGUUUCUGUCUCCUCUGUUCUUGAUGAAAGUUACUCUAACUUCCAGUUAAAACUUGCUGCACCGACCUACUUUAAAACUACCAGUAGUUUUAAUGUCUAGAUUGAGAAUAUCCUAUGCUGUUUUAUUUCUGUAACUCUUACAGCACAUGUAGAGGUUACUGCAUCAGUUAUACACUAAUGUAAGUGGUGUCUAGAUGCAUGUAGUCUAAUAAAAACAAAGGUAUCAAAAAUGA